UUACUCAUUUUUUAAGACUUGGGAAAAAAGGAAGAAAAAAAUAAAAAAAGAAUAAAAGUACUCCGUAUCUGUGACGAUGGCGGUAUCUUGAGAAAAGGCGGAGAAGUUAUAAUUUGUAUCUCCAAUUACGGCAAUUAGCCUUCUUUAAACUUCAGAAAUUGAUCCUUCAAUUCGAAAUUGCUUAAUCGUUCUUAACUUUCAAAUUUAGUGAUGAACUCUAACCAAGAGCGGCUAGUAAUGGAGUCCCCCGCUACUUUCAAGGUCCCUGCAAAUUUGGGAGGAGGAGUACGAAAUGAUGAUGAUGAUGAUGAUGAAGUGAAAGCCUUUAAACAUCGUGUGAAUGAGGUGUCACGUCAAGUUGUCAAGCAAGAACAAAAAAUACAUGAGAUUGAACAAUUCUACUCCAGCAACCAAGAAAAGCAGCUUAGAGACUCUAUAAACAAUUCGUCGAGGGGUAAAGAUAAACGGAGACAUGCUACGAGUAGGCAAAAACAGUUGGAUUGCAAUGCUUCUUUUAAGAGAAUGCAAGACCUCAUCAGGCAAUUUGGCAUCAUCUUGAAUCAGCUUACUCAAAAAAGGAACGGUGCAUGCUCUUCCUUGGACUCUGUAGAUUUGAAUGGUCUAAUCUUAAAUGAGUCAGUUGUCGGGAAGCCCAGGGAUUUCAAGACUAUAAAAAAGAGGUUGGAAGCUAAGGAUGAUAGUGGCUACAACCAUGUUCGGGAGAUUUAUUAUGAUGUGAGGUGGAUAUUGAAGACUGCUAUUAAAUAUAAUGAUGUAAGGAGUGAUGCUCAUGUGACAGCGAAAACUCUGUUGGAAAAAUUUGAGCAGAAGUGGCUCCUACUUUUGCCAAAAGUCAUGCAGGAGGAAGGAAGAAGAGAAGAAGAGGCAGGUUUGAAGCAGACUUACCAUGGUCAUCUGACAAAGGAAGAGGCAGGUUUGAAGCAGACAUACCAUGCUCAGAUGACAAAGGAUGUAAUCUGUGAGCUUAACAAGCUUGACAUGCGCCUAAAAGAACUUAGAGAAGAUGUGCUCCGAAGGUGCAGUAGAAUGUCAACGCGGGAGAAAAACAAACUUGGACGAGGUCUGGCAAAACUCUCUGGGGAAAAUCUACUGAAAGCUUUGGAGAUUGUUGCUCAGGAAAAUCCAAGCUUUCAAUCAACUGCAGAAGAGGUGGAAGUCGACAUAGAUAAUCUGAGUGAAUCUACCUUAAGGAGGUUGAAGUGCUUUGUUGUUGAGAAAUUGGUAGCUCAAGCCAAAGAUGAAUCGAAGAAUAAGCAGCUUAAUGGUAAUACUGCUGUUGACACCUCCAAGGCGUUGAAGUCUAAGCCGAAGAGAAAAAGACAGAGUGUGGAUGCGGUUGCCAAGAAAAGAACGAAAAAGGGCGGGUAAAAAUUCUUGUGCUAAGAUGUGGGUAUGAUUUGACAUUGCAAGGAAGGCCAUAUAUCCCCUCUUCCUUUCCCCCUUAGCAUGGCUACUAGUGAAACUGGUGGGUAUAAUCAUCAAAUCAGCAUUGACCAACGUUUGUAAAGAGGUAGAAUACGAAUUUAAUCUGAGUAUAUAGUAGUAGUAUAUAUCUUGGGCUAGUUUCAGUCUGUUUGAUAAGUAGUGCAUAUAUUUGAAGGGUGUCUGUGUUUGAUAUUGAAAACUGGAGUUGUUUAGCGUUAGUAUGUGGGUUUGAUGUGGGCCAUAUGAACAGGAAAUACAAUGUUGCAGCUGAGAAAUCCAAAUUAGAUAUUUUGAUGUUUGGUUGAUGAAUUAA